CCGUAACGCAACCAGUCGUAGCAAAGUCAGCGCGUGCGCAACACGCGCUACUCACUACAUAUUUUACAUUCAAUGCGAUCGCGAACUCGAAGUUUUGUCUCCUAGUAUUUAAAACUUUUACCAAUUUAUUUAAAUGGAAGUAUUGAGGACGCAACUCGUUUCCAUUGUAACGAUUCUCUUUAACAUGGUGUGAAUGUACUUUGUUUGUUUACAAAAGGAGUGUUAGUUCUACUUUCUAUAACUUCAAAAACAAAAGUCGGUGAAUAAAAUUAAAAAAUAAUAAGUCUUUAUUUUUAGACUUGAACAAAGUCAGGCUCUAGAAAUAAUCCCUAAGUUUGUGAUGAAAAAUGCUUAGACAAGAACUUCUAGUGUUGGUAUUUGCCUGCAGUUCACUCGCGGCGUUAGACGGCUACAGUCCCCAACAAGACCCCGAUCAGUUCCACAUACAAACUGAUGACGAGGACGAGCGCUACUUCCUCUACCAAACUCACAAUGGACAGUAUCGUAAAGAAAGGAGGUUAAAAGAUGGAUCCGUAGUUGGCACAACAGGCUGGGUUGGCGCAGAUGGAUUUCUACGCUUACAAGAUUACAUAGCUGACGACCAGGGUUAUAGAAUAUACAAAUCCAAAACUGUAUAUGUUGGACAAAACCGACCGAUAAGUGAGUCUUUGAAUAUAGCGAAAACCGCACCCACAGACUCGGGAUAUGGAGUGACGCGAGCGCCCGCCGUACAACGUAAUCGAGGGCCGCCCCGAUUCACAUCUACGACACAUUCACCACUACCUUCUUCCACUAUAGAACCACCGCACUUCUCCUCCUCAGAUGUCACAAUUACACCAGCCCCACCUACAUUUUCCCAUCCGAGCUCAACUCCACGAGUAUUUGUAUCACCAAACUCUAUUGAUUCUUCUACAGCUUAUGAUUACAGACCUACUGUAACAUCAGUGACCAACAGAGACGCUACAACACCAAACCCUUAUGCCUACGAACCCCCGAAUACCAAUUCACUUGACGACGGGUAUUAUGCUAGUGACAGUCAAAGAUAUGACGUAUUUAAUCCUAAUUCGUAUAGACAUGCCGAUGAUUGGUUGCGGCGGCAGCGACCAACCGCCGAACUAGGAGACGGCUAUACUCCACAAUUCUCAACUUACGAUGGUGCGCCGUUUAGAAGAAACGGUUUCAGAUAUUAUCUUCCAAAGCAGUACCACGAGGAAAACACGGGAGAUGUUAACGAUAGAAUAGGCAGCUUCGGUUAUGUAGAUCCUUUUGGUAUUCGACGAGUUAUUUAUUACAAUACCGCUCCCGGGGAAGGUUUUCAGAUAAGAAAAAACAAUAGAUACGUCGGACACGACGCAACUCCUUACGAUCCACGACCGAUUGCUAAAAAAUAGAAAAAAA